AUAAGCGCUCACUUGUACUCCUCGAACGGGGCGGAGCUAGACCCUGGUGACUGCUGCCCGUUCACUCAAGUUUUACUCCAGGAAAGGAAACCUGGAUUAACCCCGAUUUACCGCACUAACCACUUCACUUAACUAUUUUACGGUCAUUGUUUUGUUUUCACCCGGGUUUCUUGUCGUGAACUCGGGGGGUCAAAAUGUCCUCGAUAGACUUGGAGAAGCUGAAGAUGACGGGUGCUGGUCGAGCUAUGGCAGUGCUGACCAGCGGUGGAGAUGCACAAGGGAUGAAUGCUGCUGUCCGAGCUGUGACCAGAAUGGGCAUCUAUGUGGGGGCCAAGGUCUAUCUUAUAUAUGAGGGAUACCAGGGCAUGGUGGAUGGGGGAGACAACAUCAAACUGGCCAACUGGCAAAGUGUGUCCAACAUCAUCCAACAGGGUGGGACUGCGAUAGGUAGCGCUCGAUGCAAGGCCUUCACAACUCGGGAGGGCAGGAUUGCUGCCGCCUUUAACCUGGUGAAGAAAGGCAUUACCAACCUGUGUGUGUGUGGUGGAGACGGCAGCCUCACCGGAGCCAACAUCUUUCGCUGUGAGUGGAGCAGUCUGCUGGAUGAGCUCGUACAGAAAGGAAGGAUCACAGACACUCUGGCCAAGCAGCAUGCCCACCUGAACAUCGUGGGGCUUGUGGGCUCCAUCGACAAUGACUUCUGUGGUACUGACAUGACCAUCGGCGCCGACUCCGCGCUGCACCGCAUCAUGGAGAUCAUUGAUGCCAUCAUGACCACGGCACAAAGCCACCAGCGCACUUUUGUUCUGGAGGUCAUGGGUCGACACUGUGGAUAUCUGGCCUUGGUGUCCGCGCUGGCAUCCGGAGCAGACUGGCUCUUCAUUCCAGAGGCUCCUCCUCAAGAGGGCUGGGAGGACCGUAUGUGCGACCGUCUAGAGGGAAGCCGCACAACGGGGUCGAGACUCAACAUUAUAAUUAUCGCAGAGGGAGCCAUCGACAUAAAUGGCAAACCCAUCUCCUCAACCUACGUAAAAGAUCUGGUGGUACAGAGACUGGGCUAUGAUACCAGAGUGACAGUACUCGGCCAUGUUCAGCGAGGAGGAACUCCCUCAGCAUUUGACAGAAUACUGAGCAGUAAGCUGGGUGUGGAGGCGGUGGUUGCCCUGAUGGAGGCCACUCCCGACACUCCCCCGUGUGCCAUCGGCCUGUCGGGUAACCAGGCUGUUCGUCUGCCUCUAAUGGAGUGUGUGGAGAUGACUAAAUUGGUGCAGAUUGCCAUGGACGAGAAGAGGUUUGAAGAAGCUAUCAAACUGCGUGGAGGGAGUUUCGAGAACAACUGGAAAAUCUACAAGCUUCUUUCCUUCCAGAAGCCCGUCCAGUCGGAGAGCAAGGUCUCCUUGGCUGUCCUGAACGUGGGCGCUCCGGCUGCAGGGAUGAACGCAGCGGUGAGGUCUGCUGUGAGGCUAGCGCUCACUCAUGGUCAGAAGGUCUACGCUGUCCACGACGGCUUUCAAGGACUCGCCGAUGGAAAGGUUGUUGAGAUGGAAUGGCACAGUGUGGCGGGAUGGACGGGCCAAGGGGGCUCACUGCUGGGGACCAAGCGAACUCUUCCAGAGAAACACAUGGAGAAGAUUGUGGAGACCAUCAGCAAGUUCAACAUCUCAGCUCUGCUCGUAAUUGGAGGGUUUGAGGGGUACGCAGGUGUGCUGCAGCUGUUUGAAGCCCGGGGUCGCUAUGAUGAGCUCUGCAUCCCUAUGUGUCUCAUCCCGGCGACUGUCAGCAACAACGUCCCUGGAACUGACUUCAGCCUGGGAGCAGACACGGCUGUCAAUGCUGCCAUGGAGGGUUGCGACAAGAUCAAGCAGUCUGCCUCUGGGACCAAGAGGCGAGUGUUUGUGGUGGAGACGAUGGGUGGGUUCUGUGGAUACCUGGCGACCUGCACUGGUAUAGCUGUGGGUGCUGACGCAGCCUACAUCUUUGAAGACCCCUUCAACAUUCAGGACCUGAAGACCAAUGUGGAUCAUUUGACGGAAAAGAUGAAGAAGGACGUCCAGCGGGGUCUCGUACUGAGGAAUGAAAAAUGCCAUGAAAACUACACGACAGAUUUCAUCCAUAGGCUGUACUCGUCCGAGGGGAAGGGCAUCUUUGACUGCAGAGUCAAUGUGCUGGGGCACCUUCAGCAGGGAGGGGCACCUUCUCCCUUUGAUAGAAAUUUUGGCACCAAGUUGGGUGUGAGGGCUAUCCAGUGGAUUUCAGAGAGAAUGACUGAAAACUUCCGUCAAGGCCGCGUGUUCGCCAACUCACCGAGUACAGCAUGUGUGCUUGGCCUCAACAGGAAGGUCAUCUCAUUCAGCCCCGUCACUGAACUGAAGGCUGUGACGGAUUUUGAGCACCGGAUGCCCAGGGUCCAGUGGUGGUUUAAUCUUCGGCCGAUGCUAAGAAUGUUGGCCAGGUACCAAACCAGCUUCUGUGAAUAUGUCCCUGGAGAGAUUGAACAUGUGACUCGACGCUCCAUCAGCAUUGACCAUGGGUUCUAGGCUCUCUGAAACUACAGUGCACUCGCUGCACUUCUGACCCUUAGUUGUCCAUCCUUUGUUUCUAGGCAGACUACAUACUUUAGGAAUGUAUUAAAUAAAGAUGUAUGUAAUGAACUGAACAAGAUGGAACUUUAAGUAAAAGAUGUGUGUGUAUAAUCCAUGUUAUCCAGCCCUUCUAUAAUGUACAAAACAAUUAAAGUGGUCCAGUGGUUGGUUUGAGUUAUGAAUUCAUAAUUUUGACUCAAUGUCAGAAUGUAACUUUGACUCACGGGACAAGUGAGAUGUUAAUUUCAUUUUAUUUAUACAAUGUAGUAAAUACUGCUUUGUCAUUAAUUAAUGGAAAUGAACAACAAUUGAUACAGUGUAAUAAACUUAACUACUGUACUUACAAUAGAGAAAUCUGUAAAGAAA